AUGGCACAAGAUUUGGAGCAUUGGUAUCGCAUCUUUCUCUUCUUGAUCAUUUUCUAUCCCAUCAAUCUUCCCCUUCCGACCUUUGCAACUCAUUUGCAGCCCCUGAAUACGUCCGGGUAUCUAUUCUCAAAGGCCGACACUCCAACACUCAAUCCUCCCAAGAAGACCAUCGUGUCUUCAGCAAUGUCGGAAAAGUCAACCUCACGAUCCAAGCGCAACUCCCCGAAGCGCAGUCUCGCGUCCGGUUCAGCAACAAGCGAUGCAAAACGCCGCAAGAGCGAACACGUCAAGAAGUUCACUGAAAUGAAGCUUGGAGACAUUGAACAGAUCUUUCAGAACUCACGAGACGCUCUCAGCAAAGCAGAGGAUCUGUACCAGGACGCUGAAAAGGCGCGCACCGAAAAGAUGGAAACCUACAUGGAUGCGACAAAGGCCAUGACAGGUGCGCAUCAGACACUGUCGAGCGCCGUGAUCCGGAAAGUGAAUGCGACGAAGGACGUCGCCAGACUGGAAAUGAUCAAAGAUGCUCGUGAAGCAAUUGAGAAACGGGAUAACCUGCAGAUUCAAGUCGACAAGCAUAAGAAGGAACUCUUUGCGGUGGAAACCAAACUCUUGAUGUGGGAUAACAUCGCCAACAUGGCGGUAGAAAAUCUCAAGGAAGAGGAUCUGGAGCAACUGUUCCUGUUCCAAGGGUAG